GUGACAUCAUCCCUGCUCCCUUUGGUAGACGAAUCAAGUUCAAUCAACAGCUCGAUGCAGUGUUACAUACCUAGGUUACAACUUUACUUUAUUACCUUAGUCCCCGCCUGAAUUCAGAUCCCAUCCAGUCUUCUUCUCCAAUUUCUCCCAUUUUACACCUUGAAUCGUGAUAAAAUACAACACAAACCUCAUCAAAACCAUGACCGACUCUCCAAAGAACAAGGGCGUUGACCACAUCAAUGGAAAUGGCACCAGCGCCGCCGGUUUCCGAUCCCAAGCAGCCAUGAGGGUGGAGCGUCCCCGCCAGGAGGAUCUCCAGGCAAGCUAUGCGUCCAUCGUCGGCAACGAUGCCAAUCCCAAGGGGUGGUACGGAAGCAUGAUCAACGCACUGGGUUCCUGCAUGGGAUCUCUAGGUGCCGUUCCUUGCAUCAUCUGCUGCCCCAACCCGUACAAGCAAGUGCAUCAGGGCAACGUGGGGCUCGUCACCAAGUUCGGAAAGUUCUACAAGGCCGUCGAUCCCGGCCUGGUCAAGAUUAAUCCUCUCAGCGAGCGAAUUAUCCAGGUAGAUGUCAAGAUCCAGAUUGUUGAGGUCCCUAGACAAGUUUGCAUGACUAAAGACAACGUCACCGUUGACCUAACCUCCGUCAUCUACUACCACAUCAACUCCCCGCACAAAGCCGCUUUCGGCAUCGCCAACGUCCGGCAAGCUCUUAUCGAGCGUACCCAAACCACCCUCCGCCACGUCGUCGGUGCGCGCGUGCUUCAGGACGUCAUCGAGCGCCGAGAGGAAAUUGCGCAGAGCAUCGGCGAAAUCAUCGAGGACGUUGCGACGGGGUGGGGCGUUCAGGUGGAGUCGAUGCUGAUCAAGGACAUCGUAUUCAGCCAGGAGCUACAGGGCUCCCUCUCGAUGGCGGCGCAGAGCAAGCGAAUCGGCGAGAGCAAGAUUAUUGCGGCCAAGGCCGAGGUAGAGAGCGCCAAGCUGAUGCGACAAGCCGCCGACAUCCUGUCUUCGGCGCCCGCCAUGCAAAUCCGCUACCUCGAGGCCAUGCAAGCCAUGGCGAAGUCGGCCAACUCCAAGGUCAUCUUCCUCCCUGCCGCCAACCAGACCGGCCUCAACGAGUCCAUGGCCCAAACCGCCAGACAUUUCGAGGCCGCCCAGGCCAGCGAUGCCAACGAGGACCAGGGUUUCAGCCAGGCAGUAAAUGCUCGGGUUAUCGAGAACAUCUGAAAAAAAAAAAAAAACUAAAAAACUCCUGUGAUAUUGAAUUAUGGACUGUCACCCAGUCCCUGUAUUAAACCACACACUUCCGUUUUGAUCGAAACAAGGCUACCCGAUGGGUCUACUGGGCCUAUUAAUGGGUAUAUUCGGUGGAGGGAUUUGCUACGGUAUGAGCCUCGAGUAAGAAAGACGCAGAUGACGAUGAAGGAUGAUUGGUAAUUGGCUGGACGAUAUAUGGAUGGAACGGUGGAAUUGGUGGAUUGGUGGAAUGGCUGGACUACGUCGAGGAGAGACGACCGAUACCCUUGAAGGAUACCCAUCUUCGUUCGCUAAGAUAAUGCAUUUUACUGCGUUGGUUUUUUUUUUGCUUUUUUUUUUUUUGCUUUUU